AUGAAGUUCUCGACACUCUCUGGUAUCACAACCGUGCUCCUGACCGAGAUUGGUGGCGCUCUUGCUCAAGGUGGUGGUUUCUUCCAAAGUUGCAACCAGGAUUGGUACAUGGAAGGUGACCGAUACAUGGUGGCGACAUGCAGAACCAAGAGUGGUGGUUGGAGGCGGACAAGGCAAGACAUGAACAAGUGCAUCACCAACCUCAACGGGAAUCUGCUCGCGUGGAAUAUCCAAGGCGGCCUCCAAUAUGACGGAGCACCAAAGAACAGUCGGUUGAACUGCAUGUGCAUCAACGCCGCUGGUCAGCAAGACUGGAGUGAGCUUGAGCUGAGUAAGAUUUUCCUCGAUUGUUGA